AUUAAAACGCCGUAUACUGCGCUGCGUCUAAACUUUUACAUUAAGACUAUCCUCAGCUCCUCCGCCUUCCUUCCCACUACUGCAUCUGCACACCGACGCUUUUUGCUGUUAGGAUUUGCCGGAAAAUAUGGCGGAGGAUUUCGUCAGGUCGGUUGACCUGGGCCUCCAACUCACGAAGCGAAUUUACUACGGGAAGGAACCGCCGGAGCUACAGGAGAUGGACAGGAUGGUGCGGGCGGCGGAGGUUAAAUUGCCGACGGCGCCUAUGAUGUACGCCGUGAUCAGUGACCCGGCGAUUGUGGAGAAUCCGGACAUUCCGAGCUACCAGCCGUACGUGUACGGCCGGUGCGCGCCGCCGGCGUUGAUUCCGCUUGAAAUGCACGCGAUGGCGAUGGAGGUAGACGUCUGUUUGGACACUGCGUUUGUUUCUGUUAGCGGCGCGUGGCGCGUGCACUGUGUCUCCGCCAGCAAAAGCUGCGACUGCAGGAUUGCUAUACCAAUGGGAGAGCAGGGUUCAGUUCUAGGUGUAGCAAUUGAAGCCCCAUCAAGAUCAUAUUUCACUGAUCUGAUUGCUCCUGAUGAAUCUGAUGAUCCAUUGAAGCUAGCCAAUGCGAAAGACGGUUUCUUGCUUGAAUUCCAGAUAUACACAUUACAGGUUCCCCAGGUUGUUGGAGGGACUGUUUUAUCCGUUAAAGCUCGUUGGUCCCAGAAAGUUUUAUAUCAAGACGGUCAAGCUUGCUUGACUAUACCUUUCAGGUUUCCAGCAACUGUCAACCCUAUUGAGAAAAAGAAGAGGAAGAAAGAAAAGAUCAUUUUGAAUGUAAACUCUAGUGUUGGAACCGUUGUUUGCUGCCAAAGUACUAGCCACCCCUUACUGGAACCAAACAGCUUUGCUGGGAAUGUAGGUUUCUUAUACGAGAGAGAAGUGCUUAUGUGGUCCACGAAUGACUUUAUUUUUUCAUAUAAGGUUUCUUCAGUGGAAAGUUUUGGUAAUGUGCUCGUGAAGUCUCCAUCUCGGCAUGAUUUUGACCAGAGGAAUAUGUUUUGUUUGUAUCUUUACCCUCCACACGAUAUCCCUAAGAAGCUAUUCAGAAGGGAUUUUGUCUUUGUUGUUGACACAAGUGGAAGCAUGGAAGGAAGGCCAAUGGAGCAUGUGAAAACUUCAUUGCGCUCAGCUCUCUCUAAACUUGGUCCAGAAGACACCUUCAACAUUAUUGCUUUCAACAACACGACCUUACCAUUCUCAUCAAAGAUGGAGCCAUCUACUGAGGAAAAUAUUGGAAAUGCAAUCCAAUGGAUAAGCCUAAAUUUUGUACCCAACGGAAGCACUAAUCUUUCACGGGCUCUAGAUCAGGCAAUGAAGAUGGUUUCUAAUCCCAGGCAUUCAAAUACUGUUCUUUUUGUUAUUACUGAUGGGGCCGUUGAAGAUGAAAGACAAAUAUGUGAAGUCAUAAGAGGCCAGCUGUUAAAAGGAGGCGCAAAUAGUCCUCGGAUAUGCACAUUUGGCAUUGGUUAUUACUGUAACCACUACUUCUUACAAAUGCUUGCAAGUAUUGGAAGAGGUUAUUAUGAUGCUGCAUAUGAUACAGAAUCAAUCAGUUCUAGGCUGGAAAGACUCUUUGACAGUUCAUCGUCAGCCAUCCUCGCUGAUAUAAAAAUCGAUGCUCUGCAACAUCUAACUUCACUUGAGCUGUACCCAAACUCUAUUCCAGACCUGUUGUGUGGGAUUCCAUUCAUUGUAUAUGGCAGAUACUAUGGGGACUUCCCUGACAAGGUUAAAGUUAAGGGAACAUUACCCAAUUCAACCAACUUUGAGAUAGGAGUGGAAGUGCACAAAGUGAAUGAUUUUCCUCUUGAGAGAGUAUUUGCGGGGAGAGAAAUAGGAAUGCUGACAGCUCAGGCGUGGUUGACGCGAAGGAAAGAACUUGAGAAGAAGGUGGUGAAGCUAAGCUUGCAAACAGGGGUGGCUUCUGAAUACACAAGAAUGGUUCUAGUGGAGAGUGACAGGGGAAAUCACAACGCCAAACCAGAGACACUUAAAGAGAAGACAACAUACCUACGAGAAACAGGGAUCGGGUUCGGUAACUUGAAGGCGACGGCCGGAAACCUCCCGCCGGGAGCGGCGGCGGCGAAGCGGCGGCACCAGUCGGAAGCCGCCGCAUUUGCCGCCAAGUGUUGCAGCAAGGCGGUGGACCGCUGCUGCUGCGGCAUGUGCCUGCUUCAAAUCUGCUCGAAGCUGAGCGACCGGUGUGCGGUCGCCUUCACGCAGCUCUGCGCCGGGCUGGCUUGCUUCGAGUGCCUCAGUGUUUGCUGCGAUCUCUGCGACUUGUAAAUUCAUUGUGCGUACAUUUUGUGAUCACGCUUCACGCCACUACUUGUAUAUUAAUUGUUGCUCUCCUUCAUGGCUUCAAUAAGUUUCGAAAUAAUUCUCAGUUGUGCAUGGAAGCGUUUUUAGUGACUUUGCUGUAAUAAACUAGUAUCACACCCGUGCGUUGCACAAGUCAUAGUUACGGUACUAACUUAAAAUCAUUUUUAGGAAUAUAAAUUGUUAUAUAAUGGAAUAUAGAUAUUUCAUUAUU